AUCGUAUCGGCUUGCAUUUCAGACACGAAGACUUAACCUCUUUAAUGAAGCCUAAUCAACACGGGAGAUGCAAGUGAAAAAUAGUGCGCUAGAGAUAAGCCCGCUGAUAAGUAGUUCCUUUACAUUGAAUAUAAAAAUAUCAGGAAUAACGAUAGGGAUAUUAUCUAGUAAAGAUAUCUUAAAGAUAUUAAUACUCGUUAUCGGGUUGAAAUAUAUACUGGUUCAAGCACUGGUAAUAGCUCUUACUAGAGUCACGAGUGGAAUGGCAGAUAUAGAUACCACUGAGAAUCAGGCAGCAACAACGUCAGCUAUAAAGUGCGACGAUUCUACCAGUCCCACUUUUAUUAGCGAUAAGUCCAAUAAUAUUGAAAAAAAGGAAUAUAAUGGAAAGAAACUGCAUAAUUCAAGAAGCGAAAGUAAUCAAAAAGAUCUAUACUGUCAACAGGCGAAAGAUGAUGAUGACAGUGAUAACGAUAACAAUGAUGGUGAUGAUGACAUUAAUGAGAACAUAGAUGAAGAGGAAGAAGCAGCACAUGGAAUAUGUGAUAAAACCAGAAAUUCGGCCAAACAGCGGAAUGGUGCAAAUGUGGCCAAUUUUUGUCAGCAAGAAGUUAGCCAAAGCUUAGAUGAGGGAGAAAAUGAAAAAGCAUCCUCUGUCGAUGUGGGCCAAGUUCAGCCAAUAUAUGCCACAAAUACGUACAUUGCCCCGGAGCAGGCGUUAGUUACCAGAGUGGAACUAGUUGUGCCAGCUCAACUCAAUUCCGAACAGAUUCAGCAUGGCAAGUUGCACUACAAAAACAACAAUACUACUAAUACCACUACUACUGACGUCCAAUUCAGCAGCACAAUGCCAGUAAUGCCCACUGAUAAAAACAAUGGUUGUGAAACAGACUCUUCUUCCAACGUGAAUUUAAGGAUUCCUACUAAUAUAACAUUAACGACAAAAACAACAGGUGAUAUUUUAAAUACAGAACGGCGAACUACAAUUUGGGCACCACAUGACGAAUAUAAAGCCUCAGUCUCUAGCGGUGACGCUGGUUCAGUCUCUGGCUCAAACAUGUUUGGCUCACAGCAAGAGCCACAUCAUCCCGCCGAGCUACUUUUGCAAAUAGGAAAGGAAACAGCUGGAAACACAGGAAAUUUUGAGCAGUUGCUGCCAUUGGAGCAACAUGAGCAACGACAACAGAGCUUCAAUCAACAGCAUCACUCACAUAUGCAAACUCAUUUACAGAGCAACAUGUAUGCGCAAAUGCUGCCCCAGCAACAACAUCCGCAUCAGCAACAACAGUCACAUUCACUGCAACAACAGCUGCAUCAUCCGCAGCAACAGCUGCAUCAUCCGCAGCAACAGCACAACAUACAUCAAGAAAAUAUCCUGGAGCAUCAGCAAUCGCUGCAUUAUGUCAAUUAUAUACAUCAGCAAUAUGCUCAUGAUCAAUUGUUUGCUCUUCAUCAUUCUCAUAAUAUUCAGGAACAGCAGCUACAGCAGCAUCAGCACCCACAGCAGCAACAGCAGCAGCAUGGUCAACAGCAUCUGCAACAUGGGCAUCACAUUGAUUGUCAUGACCCAAUGCAAAGGCAAUCAGCAAUUCAGCAUGCGCUUUCUAAUACACAACAACAGAUACCGGAGCAAUAUCAUGAUCUUAUGAUCAACGAAUAUCAUGAGGAUCCCUGUUCAGGGUACAAGUUAACACUGUCUCCAAGCAAUGCUAAAACGGAAAAUCAAGAUGAUGGCUACGAGACAAGUGCUGGGGAUGUCUUAACACCCAAUUCGCAUAGUUCGUCCACACACUCGGUAACCCCGCAGCAUCAGAUGCAACAUGUGGCACCGCUACUUGCACAAAGUAAACAUGAAGACUUAAGCUUGAACUUGCAUCAUAAUCAAAGUCAAGCGACUGACACAUCUAGCAGUAGUCCGCAAGUGCGAGUUGCCCAAGGUGCUUUGUCAGCUCUACCGAUGUCACAAAGUGUUAGCGCUGAUCCCUACAGCUUUAUGGCCGAAGAAAUGAGCAUUAUGUCACCAGCUGGUCAUUCAGCAGCUAGCGAUAUACCGGGUAUCGCAUCUAAUGCUUCAGGCUAUUCACCUGUAGGACCAGUUCAAGGUUCUGCACCUUGUCCUGAUAUUGUCACGGUUGCCCAAAAGCCCAGUGACAUAUAUAGCAACAUCAAGGAACAUCAGCAAUCGCUGACGCCCAACUGCGAACCGCAUACUGAUUCUCAUAGCACGAAAAUUAGAAGGGCUGGCGAUACAUCCUCUCAAGACUCCAAUAAAUCGAACAAUUGCGACUUGCAACAGGAUAGGCCAGGCUCAGGAUCUCAACCAAAGAGAAGGGGUCGUAAAAAGAAAAUCGAAGCAGACGAUAUGCAAAUAGGCGCUACACACCCAUGCGGUAGCAGAAAUGGAGGUGUUGGCUCAGAAGAUAUACUGGCUAUGAAGCCCAAAGAGCGUAAGAAGCACGACCGAUUUAAUGGAAUGUCUGAGGCGGAAGUAAUUCAGCGUACCAUACCCGAUCAUCUUUGUGAUAAUCUUGAUAUUGUCAUAGUGGGUAUAAAUCCCGGCCUGUUCGCUGCUUACAAGGGUCAUCAUUAUGCCGGCCCUGGUAAUCAUUUCUGGAAAUGCCUAUACUUAUCGGGCCUGACUCAAGAGCAAAUGAGUGCCGAUGAUGACUACACGUUAGUUAAGCAUGGCAUCGGUUUUACGAACAUGGUAGCACGCGCUACCAAAGGCUCUGCGGAUCUAACGCGCAAGGAAAUUAAGGAGGGUAGCCGUAUUUUGCUUGAGAAGCUGCAGCGCUUUCAACCCAAGGUCGCCGUUUUCAAUGGCAAAUUGAUAUUUGAGGUCUUCUCUGGAAAAAAGGAAUUUCACUUCGGUCGGCAACCUGAUAGAGUCGAAGGCACCAAUACUGUAAGUAUAUUCGAAUCUAAUUUAUCCUUUAAGGGUCAGCAGCAGCAACAGCAACAAUCGUCAACUGACACAUCAACUGGAGGCAUGAUUUCGAUUUCAAUGGAGCAUAAUACCGCAUCGCCACAGAGUCAGAGCCAUCAGGCGCCACCUAGUUUAUAUAAUACGCCGCCACCAUCACACAUAUUAUAUACAGCAUCUGCUUCGCCAAUGGCUUCGCCAGCUCUUAAUUGUAGCUACCCGCCAGUCGGUCAAGUUGACCAGCAACAGCAGCAUAUGCAGCUUAUGCAAACAGAUCACCACCAUAUGCAAGCUACUGUUGGCUCAGUCAUCAGAGAUCAACCUCAUUUAGGGGAAACACCACCGCCAAGCUCACCAAAUAUGUGUACUGGGGUUGACUUUGAGCCGCCAAGCGAGCAAAAUGAUGGCCAGGACACUAAUCUACUGACCCGGGCGGCAGAUAAAUUGCAAAUGGAGCCUUUGACACCUGUAGCCGAGCAUUAUCAGCAGUGGCUGAAUCAUCAGCAACAGCAACAAUCCGCCCAAAAGCUCAAUCAAUCCCAAUCCUUGCCCGUGAGUCACUAUCAACCGCGAGCGCAACUUAACUAUCAACCAAAUCCGGCUGAGCAUUGGCAACGCUAUGAUGAGCACAGCGAUAGUCGAUCUUAUAUGGUAUCCUCACCCCGCUCUCAUCAUAACAUUAAUUUAAGUCCGCAACUGACUAGCAAUACGCCGUUAGGUAAAGUUUCCUCCGCCGAUAUGUCGCGUAAGAGUUUGUCGGGUCUAGAAUCUCUGGUUGAUCAAAUACCAACAAUAAGUGAGCAUGAAACCAAUGUUAUAUCCUCAGCAACAGCAGCUGCGGCAGCUGCUGCUGUCGAAAGUCGUUUAUUGGGACUACAACAACAGCAGCAGCACCAACAACACCAGCAACAGAAGAAUGUUCAUACGGAAUCUACAUCGAACAACAAUGUGAUUAGCAACUAUUCUGUUAGCAGUUUGGCCGCAUCGUCAGCUACAACAAAUAUUGAUGCACAUUUGGGCCAAACGAACAGCAGUGAUAGCAUUAGCAGCAACACCAAUACCAGCAAGAGCAACAACGACUACCCCAAUCAUAGUCAGAUUGGCUACGCACAUCCACAAGCUAGCCAUGUGAUUAGCUCCGCGUUGGUAACUGCUGCUGGAAGUCAACCAGCGAUGCAUCCACAUCCACACCCACAUCCACAUUCGCAUUCACAUCCGCAAAUGUAUAUGGAACAUAUGCACAUGGCCCAUGCGAUGCCAACGGUAAAUGUCAAUCCAAUGUACGCCCCGCCUUAUGGUCCACAGCACGGUACAUCAGCAACCGAAUAUGGCCCCUACAGCGUGCAGAGUACGCCUACACUGCAUGUGCCUAGCCCAAAUUAUCCAUUUGCCCACUAUGGGCAGCAGGCUAAUUACACUGGCUUUCCACAUGCGCAUUCGCACCCGCAUCCACAUCCUCAUUCGCAUCAUCCUCACCAUCACGUAGGACAUCCAGCAGCACACCAUUUAAGCGUUUUUGACCGGAUUAAGCCGACAGAUAUGAGCGGCUAUACGGGAUACUAAAAACAACCACAACAACUAUGAUAUAAGUUCAUUUAGCAAUCUCUCCGGCUAGGCCGGUAUAUAUAUAUUUAUAUUUAUAUAUAUA